AUGUCACUUUUUCUAUGUAUUCUUCUUUAUCAAACAUUUUUGAGUCAAGUCACUAUUCUUAAUUGUGAUUUUGAAACAAAUUGUAAUGAUUUUGCUUUGUAUGGUUAUUGGGCUAUAACCGACGGUUAUCAUCCUCAACCCAUCGAUCAUGAUCAUACUUUAAAUAUAAAAGCUGGCCAUUAUGUUUUCUACAAUCCAAGCUCUGGUACAAGAGGGUUCGAAAUUAGAACCCAGAAUUGGUUACAACCUUCGACUGAUCGACCGUUAUGUUUCCGCAUGUGGUAUUAUUCUACUCAGAUAAAUUUUCUAUUUAGUGUUCAAGCUGUACAAGGUGAUGAAGUAGAACUGAUACGCACACUCUUCAGUUUUAGAUAA